UUUUAACAUAUCUAUUCGAUAACUUAAUUUAUACCAAAUUAUCUGUAUCUUUUUAAUCUUUAUAAGUUCUGUUUCUGCAUACAGAAAAUUGAGCAAAUCGGCAAAAUGACGCAGAUGUCGCAAGACGAAAUUAUAAGCAAUACAAAAACGGUUUUGCAAGGCUUGGAAGCCUUGCGGGUCGAACAUGUUUCCAUAAUGAACGGUAUAUCAGAGGUGCAAAAAGAUAAUGAAAAAUCUGAUAUAUUACGAAAGAAUAUUGAGAACAUUGAACUUGGCUUGAGUGAAGCACAAGUCAUGAUGGCCCUAACAUCGCACUUGCAAAACAUUGAAGCUGAAAAGCAAAAACUAAAGACACAAGUACGCCGUCUGCACCAAGAAAACGCUUGGCUGCGAGAUGAACUUGCCAAUACACAGCAGAAGUUUCAAGCAUCCGAGCAAUUGGUAGCACAACUGGAAGAGGAAAAAAAACAUCUGGAAUUUAUGGCAUCAGUAAGGAAAUACGAUGACAACCAAGAGCAAGAUGAAUCCUGCGAGAAGGCCCGCAACGAUCCAGUCGUCGAGCUAUUUCCCGAUGAGGAAAAUGAAGACAGGCACAAUAUGUCUCCAACACCUCCAAGCCAAUUCGCUAAUCAAACGUCCGGCUAUGAGAUUCCAGCUAGAUUGCGAACACUUCACAAUCUUGUUAUACAAUAUGCAUCACAGGGCAGAUAUGAAGUUGCAGUGCCUCUUUGCAAGCAAGCACUCGAAGAUCUUGAAAAAACAAGUGGUCACGAUCAUCCAGACGUUGCGACAAUGUUAAACAUUUUGGCACUUGUUUAUCGUGAUCAAAACAAAUACAAGGAGGCGGCAAAUUUAUUGAACGAUGCUCUGUCCAUUCGAGGCAAGACACUGGGUGAAAAUCAUCCAGCCGUAGCUGCGACCUUAAACAAUUUAGCCGUCCUAUACGGGAAGCGUGGUAAAUACAAGGAUGCCGAACCACUUUGUAAGCGUGCUCUUGAAAUACGUGAAAAGGUUCUUGGCAAGGACCAUCCAGAUGUUGCAAAACAAUUGAAUAACUUGGCUUUGCUUUGUCAAAACCAAAGCAAAUACGAUGAAGUUGAGAAAUAUUAUCAGAGAGCACUUGAUAUAUAUGAAUCAAAGCUUGGUCCUGAUGAUCCCAAUGUAGCAAAAACGAAAAAUAACUUGGCCGGAUGCUAUCUCAAGCAAGGACGCUACGCAGAAGCUGAAAUCCUCUAUAAACAGGUGUUGACAAGAGCCCAUGAACGAGAAUUUGGUGCGAUUGAUAGCAAAAAUAAACCCAUUUGGCAGGUGGCCGAGGAACGCGAGGAGCACAAGCACGAUAAGCGUGAAAAUACACCAUAUGGAGAGUACGGUGGAUGGCAUAAGGCUGCGAAGGUUGAUUCGCCUACCGUAACCACAACGUUGAAAAACCUUGGCGCACUCUAUAGGCGACAGGGCAUGUUCGAGGCAGCCGAAACUCUUGAGGAUUGUGCGAUGCGCAGUAAAAAGGAAGCUUACGAUUUGGCUAAACAAACUAAAGUCGCACAACUUCUCACAUCGACCGAAAAGCGGCGAUCGAAACAGAUGAAUGAUAUGGAAUUUUCCGAUGAGAAAUCGGUUAAGCCUUAAGCACAUUCUUUGUCGUCUCGUCUUUGUGGAAUCAGUGUGCUCCUUAUAUAUAAGCUAACUCGAACAUUAACAUUAUUUAUUCAUUCCUUAAUAUUAAUUUUGGUCAAUUUUCUCAAUUACGGAGUUAAGUCAUCAAAAAUCAUUUUCUUGAAAAUUGCAAUUGUUUGUUCUAAAUUUUUAGCUUAAAAAUAUCUUUACAAUAUAUUUUAACCGAGUAUUGAGAGAUCUGACUUAAGUUGACUCAAGCAUAAUUAAGUAAAAAGUAAACCAUGUUUUAUAAUUUGUUAUCUCUACAAAAUAUAGGAACGGCUUUUUAAUAAACAACCAAAAAUAAGUAACGAUUAAAUGCA